AUGAACGGCACCGAGGGACCUUAUUUCUACAUCCCUAUGCUAAACACCACCGGCAUUGUCCGGAAUCCUUAUGAAUACCCUCAGUACUACCUUGUCAACCCGGCGGCCUACGCCGCCCUGGGCGCCUACAUGUUCCUGCUCAUCCUCGUGGGCUUCCCGGUCAACUUCCUCACCCUGUACGUCACCCUCGAACACAAGAAGCUGCGGACCCCUCUAAACUACAUCCUGCUGAACCUCGCGGUGGCCGACCUCUUCAUGGUGCUGGGAGGGUUCACCACGACCAUGUACACCUCCAUGCAUGGCUACUUCGUGCUCGGGCGCCUCGGAUGCAACGUGGAAGGAUUCUUCGCCACCCUGGGCGGCGAGAUCGCCCUCUGGUCGCUGGUCGUCCUGGCUAUCGAAAGGUGGAUAGUCGUCUGCAAGCCCAUCAGCAACUUCCGCUUCACCGAGGAUCACGCCAUCAUGGGUCUGGGCUUCUCCUGGGUCAUGGCGUCGGCUUGCGCCGUGCCCCCUCUUGUGGGCUGGUCCCGUUACAUCCCCGAGGGCAUGCAGUGCUCGUGCGGAAUCGACUACUACACGCGCGCCGAGGGUUUCAACAACGAAUCCUUCGUCAUCUACAUGUUCACCUGCCACUUCCUCAUCCCGCUGGUUGUCAUUUUCUUCUGCUACGGACGCCUGCUUUGCGCCGUCAAGGAGGCCGCCGCCGCCCAGCAGGAGUCCGAGACCACCCAGAGGGCCGAGAGGGAGGUCAGCCGCAUGGUCGUGAUCAUGGUCAUCGGCUUCCUGGUGUGUUGGCUGCCGUACGCCAGCGUGGCCUGGUGGAUCUUCUGCAACCAGGGGGCCGAGUUCGGACCGGUCUUCAUGACCAUCCCGGCCUUCUUUGCCAAGAGUUCCUCCAUCUACAACCCGUUGAUCUACAUCUGCAUGAACAAGCAGUUCCGCCACUGCAUGAUCACCACCUUGUGCUGCGGGAAGAACCCCUUUGAGGAGGAGGAGGGAGCGUCCUCCACGAAGACCGAGGCCUCCUCCGUCUCCACCAGCUCCGUGUCUCCUGCCUAA